AUGUUACCAGCGGAUGGUUCGGCGCUGCUGCGAGCUGUGGCACAGGGCAAAUUUCGUCUCACCCGGCUCUUGUUGGAAGGGGGAGCCUACAUCAACGAGGGCAACGCCGCCGGGCAAACGCCGUUGAUGGCCGCGUGCCGGGCUGGCUACGCUGACCCGCUGGAGCAGCCCCGUAUGGUGAGGUACCUCCUGGAAAACGGCGCCGAUCCCAACAUCCCCGAUAAGACGGGCAAGACAGCAUUGAUGCACGCCUGUGCUGAACGCGCCGGCCCGGCGGUAGCCGCCGUUUUGUUGGCUCACGGCGCUGAUCCCAGCGCCCGCGAUUAUGCUGGAGCCUCCGCUUUGGUUUACGCCAUUAACCAGGGGGACCGGGAGACACUGCAGGUGCUGUUGGAUGCCUGCAAAGCUCGAGGGAAGGAGGUGAUCAUCAUCACCACCGACACCUCGCCCUCGGGUACCAAAACCACCCGGCAAUACCUAAACUCGCCCCCUUCGCCCGGGCUGGAGGAGAAACGCUCGCCGGCACUUUGCAUGUCGCCCUCUGACAUCGAGGUGCGGACGGCGGCUUCGCCGGCCGGCAGUGAGAAAGAAGAGGAGAGGGACGUCUUCUGCUUCCCCCCGCCACCACCACCGGCACCGGUCACUGCCGUACCGGAGCCAUCCCGUGGCCGGGGGCGGCCGCUGAAGCGCCUCAAUUCGGAGCCCUGGGGGUUGGUGGCCCCGGGGACGGAGGGAACGUGGGGACCCCCUGAGCGUUUGGUGGCGGGGAUGGAGGGGCUGAGCCUGGGCGGGCGCCCACGGCGGCACAGUGUGGAGGGCCGGGAGGCGGCGGGGCUACUGGGGGCCGCCUGGGCCGAGCGGGUGCCCCCCGCUUGCCUGCAGCCACUGGCACGCCGGAACACGGCCCCUGAAACGGUGCGGGUCAAACCACCUCGCUGGGACCCCCCUGAAAUGGAGGGGUGUCCCUGGGCUGGCUCACCGCCUCCAUCACCGGGCCGAGGCCGGCACUGUGCCGCAUCGGCCAUGCCGCUGCCAGCUGCCGAGUCCCCACCGGCUGCCCGCCGACGCCCACCUGGUUUGCUGGAGCGUCGUGGCUCUGGCACCCUCUUGCUGGAGCCCUUGGCUCCCGGGAGGGCUGGCUUCUUGCCCCCCCUGCACCCUGGCCCACACCCCCCCGGCCCCCGCGGCCCCCCGGCCCCCGGCUCACCCAAGGGACGCCGCAAGCUGCUGCGCCGGCACUCAAUGCAGACAGAGGAGAUGCGGCAGCUGGCCAACUUCCAGAGCAGCAUGGCCCCAGAGCCAGGCAGUUAG